UGUUCGCUUAUUCAUUUUAUUUACUUCUUAUUAAAGAUAGUAUCGUAGUGCUUAUGAAUACACCUAAGCGAGUUUAGUCUUAAGCUAAAAUGGAUUUCCAAAAUAGACCUGGCGGAAAAACCGGCGGUGGUGGCGUAGCGUCAUGGUCCGAAAGCAACAGGGACCGACGCGAGCGACUCCGGCAGCUUGCCUUGGAGACUAUCGAUUUAAAUAAAGAUCCCUAUUUUAUGAAAAAUCACUUGGGAUCAUACGAGUGCAAACUUUGUCUGACCCUGCACAACAAUGAGGGGAGUUACUUAGCCCAUACUCAAGGCAAAAAGCAUCAGGCAAAUUUAGCCCGGAGAGCGGCCAAGGAGGCUAAAGAAGCGCCUCAGCAGCUGGCGCCAGAGAAGCCCAGGAUUGAACCAAAGAAGUUUGUGAAGAUUGGGCGGCCUGGUUACAGGGUGACCAAGCAGAAGGAUCCAGAAAAUGGCCAGCAGAGCUUGCUGUUCCAAGUGGAUUACCCUGAGAUUGCUGAAGGUGUUCAGCCUAGACAUCGCUUCAUGUCAGCCUAUGAACAAAAAAUUGAACCUCCAGACCGCAGGUGGCAAUACUUACUGUUUGCAGCAGAGCCCUAUGAGACCAUUGCUUUCAAGGUUCCUAGCCGAGAAGUGGAAAAGCAUGACUCCAAGUUCUGGACCCACUGGAACAAAGAUACCAAGCAAUUCUUUUUGCAGUUUGCAUUUAAGAUGGAAGCUUUACGCAUGCCACCACCUCCUCCAAAAAUGUGGGAAAAUCAUGGGAUGCGUCUACCCCCUCCACCAGGAGCACCAAUGAUGGGAGUGCCUCCACCUCCACCGCUAUUACCAGUACCACCACCACCACCUUCCAUGUAAAAUAUGUGCCUAUUGUGCUUGCAAUAAAUGUUUUGAAUAUCA